UUUAAAUUAAGAUUUUUAUUUUAAUGGCUGAAUAAGAGUAAUAAUAAGCACCAGCUCCAGCAGAAUAAUAAUAAGCAGCACCAGUUGAAAAGAGAGGUUUUGGAAGAGGAGGAAGAGGAUAAAGAGAAAGAAGAGAAGGAGGAGCUCCAAGAUAAAAUAGAGGUCCAAGAAGAUUUGGAGGAGAAUAAGAAUGGACUCCAUUAACUAAAUUAGGUAGAUUAGUAAAGGCAGGUAAAAUUAAGAGUCUCGAAACAAUCUUCUAAUUUUCAAUUCCUAUUAAAGGUAAAUUUGAAUAAUUUAUAUAUUUUAGAAUAUUAAAUAGUUGAUCAUUUCCUUAAGAAUUUGAAAGAAGAACCACUUGCACUUGGUCCAGUUUAAAAACAAACUUGUGCAGGUUAAAGAACAAGAUUUAAGGCAUAUGUUGUAGUAGGAGAUGGUCAUUAACAUAUUGGAUUGGGAUGGAAAUCAGCCAAAGAAGUUUAAGGAGCAAUUAAAGGAGCAGUCAUUAACGCUAAAUUAAAUUUGAUUCCAGUAAGAAAAGGAUAUUGGGGAAAUAAGAUUGCUUAACCACAUACAGUUCCAUGUAAAGUAACAGGAAAAGAAGGAUCAGUCAGAGUUAGAUUAGUACCAGCACCUAGAGGUACUGGUAUCGUUGCUGCCAUUACAUCAAAGAAAGUCUUAUAAAUGGCAGGAAUUUAAGAUUGUUAUACUUAAUCAAAGGGAAGUACAAGAACUAGAUCUAAUUUCUUAAAGGCUACAUUCCAUGCUCUUAAAGAAACAUACAAUUUCCUUACACCAGAUCUUUGGGGACAUACUAAAUUAGAAUCAACACCAUUCUAAGAACACAGCGAAUAUUUGGCUGCCUUAAAAUGAGAUCAAUUUAUCAUUAGU